GCUAGGUGGCCGAGAACCACGUUGCUUAUUUAUUUCGAAAAACACAGUCGUAGAGCGAAGAAGUUCAAUGAACUCUUGUUCAUGGUAUACGGUUUGUCUCGGAUAUUUCUUGCACUGCUGGCCUUGCAUCAGACUAUCGAGCUUUUAGUGUAUGGCCGCCACGUUUCAGAUGAAUCGUCCUCCAUUGUCGAUCUCAAUCGCAAAGAUGGGAAUGAAAAGCAGGAAGGUGGUGAAAAAUAGAAAAGUCUGGAACCGAAAUAAAAUGCAGACACCAAUAAUGAGCAACAGCUGACAUGCUACUUGAUGAUGACUUUUGGCCAACAUUGCUCAUCCCUUUGGUGUAUCAAAUGACCUCUUGCCUUGAGGCCAGCAGAUUUUUUCCACUUCACGACCCGCUCGUGGGAUACGAGUCAAGAGGGAAGGAGAGAAAAAAAAAAGACCCGUUUUUUUUUUCAAUAUUUUUUGUUUUGGCUGUUUGUCCAGUUGUCGUUGCGGGCAGCCUUCUGGACUCUUCUCCAACAGUGGCGCUAAAUGUAGGACAAUAACCGCGAAUGGCCCCGAAUCAACGAAAGCCCGAUCCGUCGUCUACGUGUCUCGUACGGCCGAUGCAUUUUGAAGCGGGCGAUUUGAACGCCAGUCUGGGCCGUUAACCUUUGGACAAGGAAAUCAAAAGGGAAACAACCGAGCGCACAAACACAGGAACCACACGGUUGAUGCAGCCCACACACACACCCCAACAAGAAGAAGGUUCCCAAUUCUGUGUUUAUGAUGGGGGACCGACCUUGGUUGACCCGAAGGACCCCCAACAAAAUAGGAAGGAAAAGGGAAGUGGAUUUUGUUUUUUAAAGGGAGAACUAUAUUGGAGUUCAUUGGCCUGAUUGAAGGUAACACACACACACACCUACGUACACCGACACAGGUACGAACCUAAAAAACCAUUUUUUUGUUUUUCUUUGAAUUUCUGUAGAACGUUAUGUAAAUUUAUUUCACCUGGAAAACAGGUACACAUUUUUUUUUAUUGUGUGUGUGAUCAGUUUACCUGGUCCGGUCUGUGUGUUAACAAAUGGAAACGUAGAACCCUAGAAAUAAGAAGCCGGCCCAUUUUUCGUGUUGGGAAAGAUUUCUUCGCUAUGCGGAAAAGUAGUAAGCUCAAGAAGAAGAAGAAAAAUGUGAUGAUUGUAAAGAUUCGGUCGGAAGUGCUCCACUUCCGUCCACCAACUUUCUCCCUGACGUUUGCGUAGAUGGCCCAUCGGGUUUUUUUUCUCCGCUACGUGUGUUCCACGAAAGAAGGAGUCUCUUACGUCUUUGCUUCCCACCACACCUGUGAGUCUCUCUAUGCCGUAACAACUCGAUCGGUCAAUGAACUCCCCAGGUAUCUGGUUUCAAAAAAAUUCUUUUUAAGAGGGGGAGGAUUAUGACAGACAUAUUCGAUAGGUUUUCAAAUCUUUGCGUUUUUUGUUUGUUUUUUUUUUAUCUAAAAAUAAUUUUUUUUUUUCAUGGAAAUCUAUAUCGGCAUUUUCAUUUGGGCAUAUCGUGUUACAGGUGUCAUCGCUCCCUACUGGCCGAUCGUAUCAUUCUUUUUAAAAAAAAAUUAUAAUUUUCAUUUUUCUCGACCUCAUCGCGAGAGAGUCGUGACUUGCACUGACUAUCAAUUCGUCCUCCUAUGUUGUUUUUUAAAAAGAAAGAAGACAUGCACUACCGUUAAUGUGCGGGAAAAAGUCCCACUCGAUCAUUUUUUUUGUUGGUCGGGCCAACCUAAAAUCGUCAGAUUUUUUGUUUGUUUCUAUGUUAUUUUCUAGGGGACAAAAAUAAGAGAGAGUCGCCUCCAUUGCGGAAUUGUAACGGUUUUUCUCUAUCUCUGUUAGUUCGUGAACACACACGUACACACGGCACGGAUUCGAGCGACAAAACACAAUUUUUUCUUGUAGCAAUAGCUGAAAAGGAAGCCGGUUUGUGUGUGUGUGUGUGUGUGUGUUGAUCGUCCCCGGGUCGGUGGUUGGGUGCCACCUCCUAUCCUCUUUACUCCUCCCUCCUGGCCCGUUUGCCACAGCCCCAAACGGAAUUCUCUUUCUCGGGUAAGGCUGUGCGGAUAGAAGCGAGUGGCCGUCACUAGUUCCACGGCCGCCAAUCGAGACGCACACAAGUUUUCAACCGUCGUCUUCCUCGUUUGUUUGUUUGUUUUUUUCCGGGGGGAAAAAGGAAGAAAAAAAAAGAAAACACAUUCAUCAAAAGUCAUUGACUCUGUUCUCCCUUUCGACCAACACACGCAACAUUUUUGGCUUGACGCACACACGCACACACACAGUGAUUUUUGUUGUUCAUUGACAGAGAAGACUUGCUAGACUUCCGUGUUGUUGUCAGUGUGUGUUGUUUUUUUGAUUUGAUUUGAUCGUCUUGCAUUUCCGCACGGAUUCCGCAUUUUUUUGGAUUUCUUUGGUUUUGUUCUGUUUGAAUCCCCCCCAUCAAAAAGUUUCAUCUUUGGAGACGAAGACAGCAGCAGCAAAGUGCCUCCCGCAGCAGCUCAUCGUUUCCAUGACGAAAGUCGUUCAUCUCACGAAUUAACCAGACCUACAACAACUGACUGACUGACUGAACCCACAAUUUUAUCACGACAUUGACGAAUUUUUUUUUUCUUCCUCUUUGUGAGUUAAAAAAAAAAAAAAAGAGCGAAAAACUUCAACUUUGACGCAAAGAACUUGCGUGCUGAGCUGACGGUGUCGCGUGAUCAUGAACAGUUCUUAAACAUGUCGAAUCAAGGAACGAAAAUGGAAGAAGGUGCUUGGGAUUUGGCAGAGUUGGCCGAAGAGGAUUUUGAGCAAUUGGCCGUGUACAUCGUGCCGGACGCGGUGGUCGAGCCGAGCAGCAGCAACGCAUCGGAGAGAGUGAACAGGGCCGAGACGUCGCUACCCAGAAAUUUGACACUGAAGCCGAGUCAGGCCUUGUCUGACGUGCUGGGCGUCUGGAGCAGUGAUUACAUACCGCGAGGUACCCGAUUCGGACCUUUGGUUGGCGACAUUUACGCCAAGGAUCACGUGCCCAAACACGCCAAUCGCAAAUACUUUUGGAGGGUGUACAACAACAGCGAAGUGUUUUAUUACAUCGAUGGCUACGAUACAGCCAAGGCCAACUGGAUGCGUUACGUCAAUCCGGCCUAUUCGUCCGAAUCUCAGAAUCUGAUCGCCUGCCAGUACAAGAUGAACAUUUAUUUUUACACGACCAAACCCAUUCUGCCCAAUCAAGAGCUCUUGGUCUGGUACUGCAAGGAAUUCGCCGAAAGACUCAAUUAUCCGGUCACCGGAGAUUUGAUGCUGCAGCGGAUCCGCCAGCAAGUCCACCAGAACGACGAAGACGGAACGGACACGGAACAGUCGACCGCUGAGAUCAAGAAACCAAACUGCGACGAAGGGCCGAUGAGUCCGGCAGAUGGCGCGGAAGAUGUUAAAGUCAAACAGCAACAUAAGAAACUCGCAGCCGACACGACGGCACUGUCCAAAGAGACGGACCAGCCCGGCAGCAAAGAGGCGGCGCUUGCCGUUGACACGACAACCGCACGCCGCGAUCACGCUGAUAAUCAUCAUCAUAACCACCAGAUGACACCCACGGCGGAAGGCUCAGUCCGAUCGGAUGAAGGUUACCAUAGCAACGGCUACCAUGACGAGGUUCUGACGCCUCCGGAAGAUUCCAGCGACUCUGACAACGACAAUUACGUCCUGGAUUUCAGCAGGAAACCUUCGUCGUCUUCCGGCUCUUCGUUGGCGGCUGGUCCGGCUGCUGGUCAGCCCAGUUCGACCAGUCGAUUAAGUCCGUUGGCGGAGGAGCCCGUCACUCAACAGGGCUCUCCGCAAUCGGACAGCCGUGGCGGUGGCAGCACUAACGAGUAUCGCAAAGUCAAAAUUAAGAUGCCGAAAGCGUAUCAUUAUCGGCACAGCAGCGUCAGCGAAGAGCGCGAACAAGUUCCGUCGCGCUCCUCGGCCCAUCAUCGACUUGCCCCUGCUACGCAAUCGCCUCCGCAACAACAUCAACAACAUUCGCCUCCGGUGACCCAGUCGGUGGUCAAAUCGGCACCGCUGGUGGCCCAACUCUCACCGGUCGCUGCCUUGCCGCUCAGUCCUCGAUUCCGGCGCAGUCAUCCGCCUGCACUUCACCCGCCAUCUUAUUCGCCGGAACCGAUGGAUUACGAGGAGCAUCAUCAUCGCCAUCGCGACCAUCCGGAUCAUCGAAUCAAUUACGAUCGUUCGCGUUCGCCUUGCGGCCGCGAAGCUGUUCCUCCACCUCCUCCGGCUGUCAAUGCGUUGCUGAGCAACGGAAGCAUCCUGGAGAGCAUUUUGCUGAGGCGCCAAGGGAGCGGUAACGCCUCCGCCGCGGUCGUAGCGGCCGCCGCCGCUGCGGCCAAGAAGGAAAACGGAGCGGAACUCCUCCGCCAAGAAUAUUACGACGAAGUGUACCAUCGUGAACGAUUCAAGGAGGCCGUCCAAGUCAUUGUGGCGAACGAGUCUCACCCCAAACCGGAUUCGUCGGCCGGGUCUUUGCCUGUCGCUCCGGCGACGUUGCCACCUCCUCCACCUUCUUCAUCGGCUCAUCAUCGAUCGUCGCCUUCGUCUUCCCACCUGCUCCUAGCGCCGUCGACGACAGUGCCUGUAGCCAUUUCGACUGUUGUGUAUCCGCCUUAUAAGAAACUGCAUCGUUACAACAUUCCCACUGGAUCGGACGUGCGCGAUCUCCUCAACAGCAAGGAUCCGAACCACCUCAGCCCGGAUUCGAGUUGUUCAACGACAGCCGUCAAUAAAUCCAUCCGCAACGAGUCGAACAGCUCGCCAUCUAACGGUGGGCAACAGCAACAUCAUCACCACAUGCACCACCUCAGCGGACAUCAUCCGUCUCAUGGAUCGCAUCCGUUCAAUAGCCGGAGCCCGCAACCGUCGCAGUCGCAUCAGUUCCAGAGCAGUAGCAGCAGCAACGGAUCCAACAGCCGAUCGGCUCCAUCACCUCACCACCAUCCGAAUGAUUCCGGCAACGGCGGUAGCUCCGGCGGCGGCUUGUUGUACAACGUCAACAACGUUGCGCAAAUGUUCUCGUCGGCUCAUUUCAACAUGUACGCCUACGGCGGAGCUGGAUCCAAUGCAUCUUCAUCCGGCGGAGGCAGUAGUAGUCACAACGUCGGCGGUGCUCAUCCGCUAGCGUCUUCGUCGUCCACCUCCUCCUCGUCCGGUGCUCACAUUCAUCCUCAUAUUCCGAUGCCGCACAGUCCAGCCGCGUCUGCCGCUUCUUCGUCCGGAGGCAACGGCGGAGAUCGUUGCGGUCAACGGGAUCCAUCCGAGUCGUCUAUACGAUCAGCUGCCUCGUCGCUCAGUCCGAAUUACAGCCAGGCGCUGCACUGCCACACAUCGCCCGGAAGCGGCUCGUUGUCGCCCAUCGGCUCGGGCAGCCCGUCGCCCAAUGGAAGCCAAGGCCGUGGCUACCGAUCGUUGCCUUACCCUCUGAAAAAGAAGGACGGUAAAAUGCAUUACGAAUGCAACAUUUGCUACAAGACAUUCGGACAGCUGUCCAACCUUAAAGUUCAUUUGCGGACGCAUUCCGGCGAGCGGCCCUUCAAGUGCAAUGUUUGCACCAAGAGUUUCACUCAGCUGGCCCACCUACAGAAGCACCAUCUAGUGCACACGGGUGAAAAACCGCACCAGUGCGACAUUUGCAAGAAGCGGUUCAGCAGCACGUCCAACCUCAAGACCCAUUUGCGGCUGCAUUCCGGACAGAAGCCUUACGCUUGCGAUUUGUGCCCGGCCAAAUUCACGCAGUUUGUCCACUUGAAAUUGCAUAAACGUUUGCACACGAAUGAAAGGCCGUACACGUGCGGUGGAUGUCAGAAAAAGUACAUCAGCGCCAGCGGAUUGCGCACUCACUGGAAGACGACCAAUUGCAAACCGAGUAGCCUCGAAGAAGAGAUGGCCCUUGAACGGUCACCUACCGACUCGGCCGGCUACGAUUGCAACGGCUCAGAUGUUGAAGAAGGUAUGGAAGACAAGGAUGAAGAAAUGAGUUUGGACGGAAUGAGCUGUGAUAGCGACUCGUUGGCCAUUCAGCAACAUCACCGUCAAGGCCAGCACGAACACCACCACGAAUUGGGUGUCAAUUCGACGACGGGCCGACGUUCUCAGUCGCCCGACGAAGGAAAUAUGCACGGAAACGGGAGACAACAAUCGGGAAACUACGACGCCGAUUCGUCCCGACCCAGCGUGAUUGAAACGGCCAACAAAGCGCCACACAUUAUCGAAUGCACAUAGAAAACAAAAAGAACGAAGACUCUCGACUGUAAUAACUGUGCAACGCCCUUUUUCUUUUCUUGACUCGACGAAGCAGACGACUUCAAAGGGGGGGGUUCACGGUCCUUGCAGACGACAUUAGACGACGCAACUCUUUCGAGUGUAUGUCUAGCUCUAAAUUAUUUAUUUAUUUUUCUUUUUUUGGGAGAGGGGAGAGACGUGUGACGAGACGUAACGAAAACUCAGACGGAUCAAUACCAUCUUCAUUAACGUACCGAACCCACCGUUAGAACAAAAAAACUCUUCUUCUGUUUGACUCCAAUGACAUUUACAACAGCAAAGAGAAACUCUCAUCCAAUUUUUUUCUCUCUCUCUCUCUCUUUAAAUUAUAUAUAUUAUAUACCUCCACAUUGUUUUAUUUAUGUACGAAAUGACAAUCAUGUUGACAAUGGCGUUAUGAACGCAGGAGGACAAAAGUUUUAUAUUCCAUUUAUUUAGAAAGACUGUGAAAUGUCGUUGACAAAUAUGGGGACAUGACUAUCGACACACAACUUUUACAUUUUUUAAUUAUUAUUAUUAAGUUAUAUAUAUUUCCACGACAAGAUUUCUUUUUCUUUUUUUGUGGGUUUCAUUUUUCCUCCCCCAUCUCCCAGCAAGUUAUUUAUAUUUUUUUUUUUUCCGUUUUGUUGAUUUCCUUUUUAUACCCUCACCCCGCGUUGCUGUGUUAUUUGUUGUACAUUUUUCAUUAUGUUUUUCUUUUUUUUUUUUUAUAUAUAAGAAUGACGAUGGAAGCUUUGUUGGAAUCUCCCAAGAAAAAGGAAAAAAAAAAAAGGUUAAUAUGAAAAGGCACUUGAUCUCAGGAAAAUUGCAACAAUAAUUUUGGACAGCGAAGAAACAAAACAAAAAAUAUGUGUGACUCGACUUGUGAUGCUUGCAGUGUGUGGAUGCUGGUUUUGCGUGUCACGACGCAUUCCAAAUUUUACCUUUUCGACUGAUGGACUAGAAAAGACGAUAGAAAUUGAAUUUUAAAAUGAUCUGCUCCCCUCCUUUCAGAGUGCCUUCUUUCUCUUGUAUCAUUUAUAUACAUAGAUAUAUACAUAUUAUAUGCAAAUCAUCCCAUAUCUCUAGCUCUACCCCUCAUUUUUUAAUAUUUUGAAACCUGGAUGUGAUGCCGUCAUAUUUAUAUGCCCUUAGUUGUAUUUCUCUCAACGAUCGUUGGUCUUCCCCAUGUCUAUUGUUUUUAUUGGAUUGAUUCAACGUCUUCGUCUCUUUUGAUGCAAAAUGGCAAUAAUAAUCGACAAUGAAAUGUUAAAAAGUACUGAACAAAAGAGAAAGGAUUUGUUGUGCUGCCUGUGCCUCGAUGUUGACAUUGUAGGUACAACACAUUUUGAGAUAUACAAAUUCAUUUCCCUUUUACACCAUCCCCCCCCCCAAAUUUUGGAAGUCUACAGUAAUACUUGUCAAUUUCUCAAAAGUAUAUUCCCCUCCCUUUAACUUAUUUUCCCGGCUACAUUUAGCAAUUGAAAUAAAAACAAACAAAAAAUUGCAUUCCUCAAAGACGUUUGCAUCGAAAAGAAAGAAAAUACACUCAAAUAUGUGUUCGAAAAAUGAA